AUCAAUCACUGCUCCGGAGCCGUCCUGAUCACUUCGUUCCCUUGGCUGGCGACUGAGUCUCCGUUCAGGUUUCCUGGAACACACUAAAGGGCCUGAUUAGCAAGAUGGAGUUAACUGCUUUCCUGCUGUUGGUCUGCUUAGGCCUAACGUCUGCAAUCGACUGCUUACCCAGAGAGAUCUCCUGCAACAAUGAUACUCAAUGCAUCUCCCAACGGGACAUCUGCGACGGUAUUCCCGACUGCGCCGACGGUUCUGACGAAUAUGAUGAUGUAUGCCAAGCGUGGAAGCACGAUUGCCGGAAGGACUUUGUGAGUUGCUCCAGGAACCAUAUAACUAGGUGCAUUGAGAUCGCUGAUUACUGUGUUGCGGAAAGCCCGAUAUGUGAAGGCUCACUAGACCGUCGUCUCUGUACGGUGCUUAAAAACCAUCGGCUUAAGAAACUGCAGAAUGUCCUUCUAGUCCACAGGGUAGAAUCUGCAUUGGGACCCCUCACGAAUCCCUCUCGACCUUCGAGCCACGGUCUAUUUGGUAUAUUUGGUCUGCCGACGCCCAGGCUACCUGGCUCGCAGUAGGGGGCAUGACGUCACGCGAAAGACUCCUAUAGAAGUUUUCCUUGGUAUAUAUAGACAUCAGUUUUGUCAUUAAUGAAAAGAAAGCUGAAGCUUUUACUCCAGAAGAAACGGGCAUGCCCUCGAAAUCUACGGGCACAAAGUAACAUCUAGAAUUCGCCGUCAUGGAAAAUUUUUGAUGAAUUAUCAUAUUAAGUUUUUUGGAAAUUUGUGAACAAGUCCUAAAUUAACAUUAGUCAUUGUAAUGUAGAUGCUUUGCUUCUCUCUCUCUCUCUCUCCCCCUCUUUGUUUCCCCCGCAUUCUCUUUCUCCCGCUUUCUCUCCCUCAAUCUCUCUCUCUCUCUCUCUCUCUACGCAAAAUGGCCAUGAUACAAAUGUUAAAAACCAGUGAUUGAAUUCAAUAUUUGUCUUAAUUCUAAAUAAACUAUUGCAAAUC